AUAAAAUGUCUAAGAAACAAAAAUUCAACUGUAGCAGCCAGUGUUUUCUUCCGUCAUUUAAACGAAAUAAAUGCCAAAAACUAAAUUAAAUCGUAAAACUGUGUGGAUGGUUUUUUUAUAUUACCUAAAAAACUACAAAAAACAUUCACGAAAAGAUGUCCAAACGUUGCUGUGCCGAAAUGUGCUUUAAUUCACAGACCAUAAACAAAAAUGUGACCUAUCACGGUUUCCCCAAAUACGAAGAAUUCGCUGUAAAAUGGGCAAUAGCUGCAAAUCGAGCGGAUUUGCUGGAAAAGAAAUUGAGUUGUAUUACCAAAUAUUAUUUAUGUUCGGAGCAUUUCAGUGACGAUUGUUUUAUCGAUCCGCCGCAUAAUACACGGCUGAAAAAGAGCCUGUACCCAAUAAAUAUUCCAGUGCCAACAAUUUUUAAAUGCAAUAUUGAUAAAUAUAUUCCAAGUUCACAACGACAUACAUCCAAUGGAAACGAAUUCACCGAAGAAGUAGAGGAACGAUCGAAGCGAACACCAAACUAUGGUCCAAUAAAUGAUUUUUCACCGAUGAAUCGUACAAAAGAAGGAAUUUCGAUGGAGAGCUUAUCGGUCUUUCAUGACCACUACAAUUAUCCACUCGAUAUAUCGAGUUGUUCUGGAUCAUUUUUCAAUGAUAUUUCCGACAAUAUAAAUGAUUUGUCAAAUGAAAAUUCAUUUGAUAAUAUUGUCGAUUGCGCUCCAUUGAAUUGUGAUAUUGAAAUUCAACAUUCGUUUUUGGUGUGUAGACUAUGCGCUAAAUCAUUCACAUCGGGUGAACAUUUAAAAGAUUUUUCAACAGAUCCUGGAAUAUAUGAAACAUUAGAGUCAAUUUUACCAAAUCAAAUAAAGAGUGACGAUAAUUUAUCUAAGUUAGCUUGUACAAAUUGUUUAGAGAAAUUGAAUACGUGUAUAAAUAUAAUAAGUUCUUUCAAAGAUGCUCAAUCAGAAAUGCAAAAAAAUUACAUAAACUGAGACGUAAAAAUAAACGAAUAAAACGAAAA